GUUCGGGAGCUGAAUAUUAAAAGGGUGAUUGCGGAGUUAUUGGCUGCUUUUAUUUUUAUUUCCUUUCCUGUUCUCACUCAGUAUUUGAAAAGACCAGGUUAAGCAGAGGCGACCCAGGAGUCUGGGGGCCUCGGAGGUGGCGGGGUGAGUCAGCUGGAGCAGAGGAGCUCGGUGGGGCUCCCCGGAGAAGGAGAAGGAGAAGGUCCCUUCUGCCCUCCGCCGGCGCAGGAGAAGCGGCUCCGGGACUGAAGCGGUCUGCGGCAGCCAGGACGUCUCGGCAAAUAACGGUCACACUCGCCAGAGCGCCUUAGAAGCUGGGAUUAGUUCGAGCCCCCGUCCUAGGGCAGCCAAGCUCAUCGCGACAGCCCACUGGGCAGCAGCAGCGCCCAGAUGCCAAGGGUCCUUGCCUCCGAUCGUCCACGGCUGACCCGCACCGAUUUGCCAGUUCGGGCGAGACUGGAAUUUUGAAUUUCAAAUUGUGUGCAGAAUUCCUGGGUUUGUCCCCACUAGGACGGAUCAGCCGACGACGCGCCAAAGCGGACUCCAGUAAUUUCCGGGAUAGCUUUUGGCAAUACAUCUCCUUGGGAGGGGGAGGGUCCUAAGCCUUGGGUAGAAAAAGGAUCGCUCGGGCUGGGCUCCGGGGUCAGCACAGUGAGCGGGGAGGGUCUCCCGCAGCGCUGAGCCCCCCCUGGCCAUGUCGCACUUAAUGUCCUGCCCCUUAGCAUGGCCCUCUGAGGGUUCCCGGGGCUGGCUGGGAUUGUUUCCCACCCUUACUUCCUCGCUCACCUCCAGCCAAAGCCAGCUGGUAGGGCUCCCCCAAACCGGGAUUUUGUGACUCCCCUACUCCCACAUUCCCACCCUCUCUGCCAUCCACACCCGCGGGGAGGGUGGUCCUCCGACUUGGGACCAUGGUGUUUCUCUCGGGGAAUGCGUCCGAAGGUUCCAACUGCACCCACCCGCCAGCCCCGGUGAACAUUUCCAAGGCCAUUCUGCUCGGGGUGAUCUUGGGGGGCCUCAUCAUUUUCGGGGUGCUGGGAAACAUCCUGGUGAUCCUCUCCGUGGCCUGUCACCGUCACCUGCACUCGGUGACUCACUACUACAUCGUCAACCUGGCGGUCGCCGACCUCUUGCUCACCUCGACGGUGCUGCCCUUCUCGGCCAUCUUCGAGAUCCUGGGCUACUGGGCCUUCGGCAGGGUCUUCUGCAACAUCUGGGCGGCGGUGGACGUCCUGUGCUGCACCGCGUCCAUCAUGGGCCUCUGCGUCAUCUCCAUCGACCGCUACAUCGGGGUGAGCUACCCGCUGCGCUACCCCACCAUCGUCACGCAGAGGAGGGGGGUGCGGGCCCUGCUGUGCGUCUGGGCGCUGUCCCUGGUCAUCUCCAUCGGUCCCCUGUUCGGCUGGAGGCAGCCGGCCCCGGACGACGAGACCAUCUGCCAAAUCAACGAGGAACCGGGCUACGUGCUCUUCUCGGCCCUGGGCUCCUUCUACGUGCCGCUGGCCAUCAUCCUGGUCAUGUACUGUCGGGUGUACGUGGUGGCCAAACGCGAGAGCCGCGGCCUCAAGUCGGGCCUCAAGACCGACAAGUCGGACUCGGAGCAGGUGACGCUCCGCAUCCAUCGGAAAAACGCCCCGGUGGCGGCGGCGGCGGCGGCGGCGGCGGCCCGAGGCGGCGGCGUCAGCAGCGCCAAGAACAAGACGCACUUCUCGGUGCGGCUGCUCAAGUUCUCCCGGGAGAAGAAAGCCGCCAAAACGCUGGGCAUCGUGGUCGGCUGCUUCGUGCUCUGCUGGCUGCCGUUUUUCUUGGUGAUGCCGAUUGGGUCUUUCUUCCCUGAUUUCAAGCCCUCAGAAACAGUUUUUAAAAUAGUAUUUUGGCUCGGAUAUCUAAACAGCUGCAUCAACCCCAUCAUAUAUCCUUGCUCCAGUCAGGAGUUCAAGAAGGCCUUUCAGAAUGUCUUGAGAAUCCAGUGUCUCCGCAGAAGGCAAUCUUCCAAGCACGCCAUGGGAUACACCCUGCACCCACCCAGCCAGGCCGUGGAGGGACAGCACAAGGACAUGGUCCGCAUCCCGGUGGGAUCUGGAGAAACCUUCUACAAGAUCUCCAAGACAGACGGGGUCUGUGAAUGGAAGUUCUUCUCUUCCAUGCCCCAUGGAUCUGCCAGGAUUACAGUGGCCAAGGACAAAUCUGCCUGCACCACGGCCCGGGACUUUUAACAUGAAACCACCUGUGUCCAGCUCCACCCAAGCCCACUCGGAACCCUGCACCGCUCUGGGCCUCCAAACUAUGCUGAGGAGCAGAGCUGAGUCCACAUCUUUCAAAAGCAAUGGCGACAGUGGCCUCUGGCCGUCCAAAGCCCCUGCAAGAUGAGUGAGUGGACAUGACUGUGCUGGGGGAUGCUGGGCUGGGAAGCAAGUUAGGAUUUCAGCAGAGGACAGCAACCCCCCGGCCAGUCCAUCAGCAUGGACUCGCUCAUGCUCCGCUGACCCUAACGUCACGUGAAGUGCUUUGAGGAUGGGCCUCCUCUGCUCUGUGCAGGAAGAUGUCACUCUUUGGUUUGCCACUGUGGCAUGAAUUAGCAGUUCUUCCACCUUUGAAGGCCGUGGGGAUGGCAGGGAAUAUGGACAGGGAAGACUUGCCAUAGACAUGCAGGGUGGCUUAGUAAAGCUUUGCUACAAAUGAUAAGCAAGAAAUCUGCCCCAAAGCUGGAGGCUCAUUCAUUUAAGAGGCAAAAUAAUUGCGUUUCCUUUUCAUGUGACUCAGGAGCUACCCCAUUACUGUCUCUCUGUAGCACAUUUAAUGUGGCUACAUUAUAAGCUGGAAUGAUAUUGCCAAGCCAUGAAAACUACACACUUAAUUAGGUUUAAAAAAAAAUCUUAGAGAAAAUUUCUACUGAAUAUAGAGAAAAAUAUGAUAAAUACAUACCCUGGCCUAUGAAAGAGGCUGAAUAAAAUAGGUGCAUUUGA